AGACAUUCUAUAUGAUUGUGUAGAAAACUUUGUGGUAAGAGUUUAGAGGAAGAAGCACACACGCAUGGCUGUGAUGGUCAGGUGUUAGAUUAGAUGAGUGCACAGGAUGUGGUUGGUGGUGUGUAAAGGGUUAAAGGUGCUGGUGCAGGAGUCGGAAUCAGAGUGUUGUGUCUUUAAGGAACAGGUGGCUGUGAACAGUGACGCGUUAAUAGCACUCACAGAGGAGACAUGAAGCCUUUCUGCUCUCUUCCUGAGGCUUAAUCGAGCACAAAGGCGUUAUUAAUGCCUCGUGCACAGCCGGGUGUCGCGCGCGUCUGGACGUGGAUGAGGAUUAAGCGUGGUGCUGGAGCUGUGUGACUGAUGUGUGCGAUGCUCCUGACCGCUUUACCCCAGCUCAGUUUAAAGGUAGAUGAGCCUGUUGAAAUGCUCCCAAAAUCCAGAAAAGCGCUCAGCAUCCAGGAGAUCGCAGCUUUGGCCAGAUCAUCACUCAACGGCAUCUCUCAGGUGGUGAGGGAUCAUGUGACCAAACCGACGGCGAUGGCUCAGGGUCGAGUGGCUCACCUGAUCGAGUGGAAAGGCUGGUCCAAACCGUUAGAGCCGUCGUCUGCUACGCUGCAGUCGCAUUUUAAUUCCUACUCGCACCUCAGCGAGGGAGAGCAGGAGGCCCGCUUCGCAGCAGGCGUCGCGGAGCAGUUCGCUAUUGCGGAAGCUAAACUCCGAGCCUGGAAUUCUGUGGAUGAGGAGGAUGAGGAGGAAGAUUGUUCUGAAGAGGAACUCGCUCACAGUAACGAGUUAACCGUCACCACUCAGAGCUCAGACGCCGUGCUGUCCAAUCAGGAGAGCUCAACGUCGUGCCAGCCUGAAACGAAUCAGAACAUCAGUGAGGAAUCCAGCCUCAUCCUGAGCUACUCAGACGGACAUCGAAACGCAGAAGAACCACAAGGAACCAUAGAAGAACUACAGAUCCAGGCAGAAGAUCUCCAGCUGCCAUCAGACGAGGUCCAGAAGCUCAAACGUAGGUCCUUAUGGAGCAGAGGCGACUCCUGCUACCACUCCGCCUCCUACUCCGAGUCCGGCCUAUCUCCAGAGGAAGAGGAGGAAGAGGAACAGGACGUAGAAACGGAGGACAAUGUCUUUCAGGAGGUGAUCUGCUGGUACAGCAUGUCCGAUACUUCAGGAGCGGCGUCCUUUGACGAUGAGGUGGACGUGGAGGACGGAGAAACGUCCAGGCAGUGAUGAUGCUCUCUCUCCAUAUCUCGAUACGUAUCGUCCCUUUAGUGUCCCUCAGUCUGUCAAUCAUCUGGACAUCUGAUCAGUGAACGGAUCAAUGGACACAUUUAUCUUCUCUUUCAUCUCCGUUUUCUUCUCCUCCUCCUCUCUUUCCGAUUUCUCCACGCAGUGACCGUAUCAUCGUUAAAAUGAGGGAUCGGAUCAGGAGUUUACAAGGUUAAUAGUCAGAGGAGGUCAUGGUGUCGAUGAUGUCGAUGAUGAUUAUAUAAUGCUGUAGGAAAUCAUAUCACUUAAGAUGAUGACACAAGUGCUUCUAAUGAUCUUUCAUUUUACUCUGUAUCAGGAAUGGGCAUUACGGACGUUACCUUAUAUAGGAAAUGGGCGUUAUGAUGUCUAUCUAAAAUGAGCACUCCUGACAUUACGAUUUAUUGGAAAUGAAUGAAACAUAUACAGUACUGUGCAAAAGUCUUGGCACCCUAUGGUUUUUUUUUUUUUUUUUUUAAGUACAAACUUUGUUAUAGAUGUUUAUUUUCUGACUUCUACAUUAUUGAUUCAGUACAAAACCAUUUUAGAUUCCAAACAUUAGUUUUCCAGCACAGAAUGAAAUGUUACAGAAAAAUGUUUGUAUGUCAGUAAAGAAAGCAGCAGAUUCCAUAAGAGACACUUUUCAGAUAAAAACAGAAUGAAGGCUGCUGGGUUUCGCUGCAGAAAUAAGAAGCGAGUCGACAGUCAAAGUCUCCAGAAGAACUGUGGCUGCUUCUGCAAGAUGCUCAGUAACACUUCCAGCUCAUUUCCUUAUAAAACUGCACACACUGCACCUCAGAUACUGCUUUAUUUAUUUAAAGUGAAGGAUCGUCACAUUAAAUACUGACUUUGUUUCAUUUAUUACUGUUUACUGCUCUUUAUAGGAUUUUUUUAAUGUAGAAACAUUUAAUUUCAUUAUUUUUGAAGGCGUUUUUGCUCUACAGCAUUUCUUUACAUGUGCCUAAGACUUUUUCACAGUACUGUGUGUAUACACACACACACACACACACACACACACACACACACACACACACACACACACGAAAUGGCCGUUCUGAACCCUGCACUAUCCAUGCUGCCCAACCCUGCUUAAACACUCGUAAGAGUUCACACAAAUUAAAGUGUGAAUUUGUAAGUGUAAGCCCUUGUUGAAAAAAAAAAAAAAAUCGCUCAUUUCUGUUAAAAUAUAAUUUCAUUUUUACGUAUAAACACCUGCACGUGACCCUUUUUAACGUUCACUCCCUAAUAAAUUUAAUUUGACCUAUCUAUUUCAUCACUGAGAACGAUUCUGACGUAAACUUUCACUUAAGUUUCAUUUUUCGUUGCGUUUUCCACCGCUGAGAUUAUCGUAUCGUAUCAGCUGAGCGGCGGAUUGUUACGAGGAGUUCAGGCUUCGACGCAGGAAAUUCGAGCCGUAUGGAAACGCAUUACUACAAUCACUGUGUGAUGUCGUACCUCAAGAAACCGAUAUGUUCCUUUCCUCCUCUCUCUCUUUCUCGUUUGCUUUUCUGCUCCACUGUGAUGUGAAAAGUUUCCUGUCGGCUGCUGAACGAAAAGGUUUCCGAGGCCUCGCGUCGCCGUGACCUGGAGACGCAGCAGGUCUACAGCGUGAUGGUGAUGGAACACUCUAGAACACUCUAGAACACGGGCAGUAGAACCUCAUCGACGUGCAUGACGCGCCACAGCGAAGCUACACUCGUGAUUCAUAAUCGACGUGGCAUUAUUCUGUAAACGUGGCCUGGUGACGUCACCGUGUGUGUUCGUGAGUGGGACGUGACGUUCGACGUGCAAUCUUUUUGUUUGUUUGUUUGUUUGUUUGUUUGUUUUUUAAAUCCUUUGUAUAAGAACCUAUUUGGAAAUUGCAUUGAUCACAUGAUUGCAUUAAAGUGGAUGAGUGUACAUUUCAUCUCCUGAUU